GUGGCUGGGCGGUGGCGGGGGUGGUGGAGGGCGUGGAGGACAGUGCAGAAGGAGAGCGAGGACGACGAGGUUACAGGGGAAACAAAGUCGUAGGGAUGUGUGGUCAUUGGAGGAGAGGGCUGCGAACUGCUAAUAUUACCUUGGCGAGGAGCACGAAACCGUGCCCACCCCAAAGGACUCCGGGGGUUCGGUAGCUCACCACUGGCAAUUCCUCGACGCCCGCGGGCAAUGUGCCCACCCGUCGGGGACACACCGGGUGGACAAGGCGUACGAUGCAUAGAGAUGUUUGGUCGGCAGGCGGUCGGGAUGGCGGUGGUGAAAUCUGGGGGCGGUGGUGGACCAGACUGGGGGGAUUGUUGGCGAGCGAUGGCGAUGUCGUGCCUCGUUCCGGCGAUCCCGGGUGCCGAGGCGAACCCGGAUGCCAAGCGACUCUACGAUGACCUCCUCUCUAACUACAACCGCCUUAUACGCCCCGUCGGCAACAAUAGCGACCGACUCACAGUCAAGAUGGGCCUUCGGCUCUCCCAACUGAUCGAUGUCAAUUUGAAGAAUCAGAUCAUGACUACGAACGUUUGGGUGGAGCAGGAGUGGAAUGACUACAAGCUGAAGUGGAAUCCGGACGAUUAUGGCGGGGUGGACACUCUUCACGUUCCAUCGGAGCACAUCUGGCUUCCCGACAUCGUUCUUUACAACAACGCCGACGGCAACUACGAGGUGACCAUCAUGACGAAAGCGAUUCUGCAUCACACCGGGAAGGUCGUCUGGAAGCCUCCGGCUAUCUACAAGUCAUUUUGCGAGAUAGACGUCGAGUAUUUUCCGUUCGACGAACAGACCUGCUUCAUGAAGUUCGGCUCCUGGACGUACGAUGGUUACACGGUGGAUCUCCGUCAUCUUCAGCAAUCGGAAGACUCGAACGACAUCGACUUGGGUAUAGACCUGACGGACUAUUACAUCUCCGUCGAGUGGGACAUAAUAAAAGUGCCUGCAGUUAGGAACGAGAAGUUUUACAUAUGCUGCGAGGAGCCCUAUCCGGACAUAAUGUUCUACAUAACACUGAGGCGAAAGACGCUGUUUUACACGGUGAACCUGAUAAUACCCUGCGUGGGUAUCUCGUUCCUUUCGGUUCUCGUGUUCUACCUGCCGAGUGACAGUGGUGAGAAGGUGUCGUUGUCGAUAUCGAUCCUCCUGUCGUUGACUGUGUUUUUCUUACUACUGGCGGAGAUAAUCCCGCCGACGUCCCUAACCGUUCCCCUUUUAGGUAAAUACCUGUUGUUCACUAUGGUGCUAGUGACGUUUUCGGUUGUCGUGACUAUAGCUGUGUUGAACGUGAACUUCCGGUCGCCGGUCACGCACAAGAUGGCCAAGUGGGUGCGGGUUGUGUUUAUACAAGUGUUGCCUAAGUUUUUACUCAUCGAGAGGCCGAAGAAGGACGACCCGACGGAGGGUGACGACGACGGCAAACCCUCCGACGGUAUGCUCACGGACGUUUUUCACCUGCCGGCCGAAAUGGACAAGUACAUGCAGUACGGCGCGAAAAGGUACAGCGCCGACUACGACGUGCCCUCCAUGCCAACCGCGAGGUUCGACGCGGCCCCCAUAGCCGUCGUCACCACCAUGGGACCGUGCUUCGACGAGCCUCACCCCGCGCUGCCUUUACCCGGGGCUGACGACGACCUGUUCAGCCCGGCGAGCCCCGGCUGCGGCCACGACGACGUCAGUCCGACGUUCGAGAAGCCGAUGAUCCGGGAAAUCGAGAAGACCGUCGAGGAUGCCAGAUUCAUUGCUCAACACGCCAAGAACAAGGACAAAUUCGAAAGCGUCGAAGAAGACUGGAAAUACGUCGCUAUGGUACUGGACAGAAUAUUCCUCUGGUUGUUCACCCUUGCCUGUGUCCUCGGUACUGCGCUGAUUAUUCUCCAAGCACCGAGCCUCUACGACACGACGAAACCCAUCGACAUAAAGUACAGUAAAAUAGCGAAGAAGAAGAUGAUGCUGAUGAACAUGGGUCCGGAAGAGGAUUAAACGUGAAAAAUCCGCGCUGUCCAAGCCAGCGAUGAUGGAUCCUGAAGAAUUCGAAGAGCGACAAAUUUCCUCUCGGUUUUUUGUUC